AAUAAGAGAAGUUCUCGGGGCAAAAUUGACGCGAUGGAGCUCCCCAACUAUAGCCGGCAGCUGCUGCAGCAGCUCUACACUCUGUGCAAGGAGCAGCAGUUCUGUGACUGCACCAUUUCCAUUGGCACCAUUUACUUUAGGGCUCACAAACUAGUCCUGGCUGCCGCCAGCCUCCUGUUCAAAACCCUGCUGGACAACACAGACACCAUCUCCAUCGAUGCCUCAGUGGUGAGCCCUGAGGAGUUUGCCCUCUUGUUGGAAAUGAUGUACACUGGCAGACUCCCCGUGGGCAAGCACAACUUCUCCAAAAUCAUCUCUUUAGCUGACAGCCUACAGAUGUUUGAUGUGGCUGUUAGUUGUAAAAAUCUUUUGACCAGCCUUGUAAACUGCUCUGUUCAGGGUCAGGUGGUAAGGGAUGUCUCUGCACCAUCCUCAGAGUCAUUCAGGAAGGAAUCAGAGAAGCCUCAAGUAGAAAUCCUUUCCUCUGAAGGUGCUGGAGAGCCUCAUUCUUCCUCAGAGGUUUCUGCCACUCCCGGGGCCCCCGUGAAGGCUGAGACGGAGGAAGCAGUCCAUACAGUCACACAGGAGAUGAGUGUGGACCCUCCCACUGCCCAGGAGAUUCAGGGGAACGCAGACACCCCAGUGGAGACUCCUCAGACAGCUGAAAUUUGUUCCCCUGCCCCUGUUGUGCAGACCGUUAGUGAGGCAAAAGAGGCAAGCCCAGAACCAGAGUGUGAGAGGAAACACUGCCAGCUGAAUUUUCUUCUAGAAAAUGAAACUGUCUUCUCAGAUGCACUCAAGGUUACCCAGGAUGUUUUAAAAAGACUGGAAGUAUGUUCAGAAAUUAAAGGCCCACAGAAGGAGACCAUAAUGAAGUGUCUUGAGGGUGAAGAAGGACAUUCAGCAUUCCAGAGAAUCCUGGAUAAAGUAAGAGACGAGAGCCUGGAUGUCCAGGCUGUUGUGUCCCUGUUGAGGCUGUACCAAGAUUCUAAUCCUGCAGUGAAAACAGUGCUAUUAAGCAGAAAGCCAGAAGAUGUAGAUACAGUGCAGCCAAAAGGGAGCACAGAGGAGGGAAAGACCUUGUCUGUUCUGUUACUAGAACACAAAGAGGACCUGAUCCAGUGUGUAACACAGCUGAGACCUAUCAUGGAGUUCCUGGAAACAGCCAAGGAGGAACUCCUGACUAGUGCCGAAAAAAGGGUGAUUCUGAAUUGCUGUGAAGGCAGAACACCCAAGGAGACAAUAGAAAAUUUGUUGCACAGAAUGACUGAAGAGAAGACCCUGACUGCUGCGAGUUUGGUAAAACUCCUCCAAGCUGUGAAGAUGACUUUCCCAAACUUGGGCCUUCUGCUAGAGAAUUUGCAGAAAAUAGCCACUUUGCCAAGCACCACAGUCCAACCAAGCCUUGAUGAUUAUGGGACUGAGCUCUUGAGACGGUAUCACGAAAACCUCUCUGAGAUUUGCCCAGACAACCAGAUGUUACUAAAGGUGAUCUCACACAUGACGAGUUUAGCUCCUGGAGAAAGAGAGGUCAUGGAGAAGCUUGUGAAACGCGACUCUGGUUCAGGUGGUUUCAGUUCCCUGAUGUCAGCAGUUCUAGAAAAGCAGACUCUGUCUGCUACAGCCAUUUGGCAACUGCUGCUGGUGGCUCAGGAGACAAAGACCUGCCCCUUGAACCUGCUCGUGGAGGAAAUACGAAGGGAGCCUGGUGCCGAUGCUUUCUUCCGGGCAGUGACCACCCCAGAAAGUGCUGCCUUAGAGACAAUUCUGAGGCAUAACAGCUUGAUCCUAGAGGCCAUCCAACAAAGGAUGGAGCUCAAGUACUUUUCCGCAGAGGAAGAACACCUGGCAGAGACUGUGGAAGAGUUGCAGAUCCACAGAAAAAUGUAUGCAUGCCAGUACUGUGAUGCUGUGUUUGCCCAGUCCAUUGAGUUGUCCCGCCACGUGAGGACCCACACCGGGGACAAGCCAUAUGUGUGCAGGGACUGUGGCAAGGGCUUCCGGCAAGCUAAUGGCCUCUCCAUCCACCUGCAUACCUUUCACAACAUAGAAGAUCCUUAUGAUUGCAAGAAAUGCAGGAUGAGUUUCCCCACUCUGCAGGAUCACCGGAAGCACAUCCACGAGGUGCACUCCAAAGAGUACCACCCCUGCCCCACGUGUGGAAAGAUCUUCAGUGCCCCUUCCAUGCUGGAGCGGCACAUGGUGACCCACGUCGGAGGGAAGCCCUUCAGCUGUGGGAUCUGCAACAAGGCCUACCAGCAAUUGUCUGGUUUGUGGUACCACAAUCGGACCCACCACCCUGAUGUGUUUGCCGCUCAGAACCAUCGGUCUUCCAAGUUCUCAUCACUCCAGUGCAGCUCGUGUGACAAAACCUUUCCCAACACCAUUGAGCACAAGAAGCACAUCAAAGCAGAGCAUGCAGAUAUGAAGUUCCAUGAAUGUGACCAGUGUAAGGAGCUCUUCCCCACGCCAGCUUUGCUGCAGGUUCACGUCAAGUGCCAGCAUUCAGGGUCCCAGCCAUUCAGGUGCUUGUACUGUGCGGCUACUUUCCGCUUCCCUGGAGCACUGCAGCACCACGUCACCACGGAGCACUUCAAGCAGUCGGAGAGCACCUUCCCCUGUGAGCUCUGUGGGGAGCUCUUCACCUCCCAGGCCCAGCUUGACAGUCACCUGGAAUCUGAGCACCCAAAGGUGAUGGGCACUGAAAGCCAGGCGGCAGCCUCACAGAUGGUGCAGGUGAUCCAAACCCCAGAGCCAGUGGCCCCGGCAGAGCAGGUGAUCACUUUGGAGGAGACCCAGCUUGCUGGGUCGCAGGUGUUUGUGACGUUGCCAGACUCUCAGACGUCUCAGACCAGCUCUGAGCUCGUGGCGGUGACUGUGGAGGAUUUGCUGGAUGGUACCGUGACGCUGAUCUGUGGUGAGGCCAAGUGAGCGGCUGCUCGUCCGGUGGAGGGGUUCCUGCCUUUGCCAGAGAGAAAGCUCCGCAACUUGCCCCUCGCCUCUGUCCGUGGCUGUCCUGAGUGAUGAGCAUCUUAGCUUAGCAGCAGCCAAAACUGUCUCACUUGGAAAACAGAAGCUUCAUUGUCCUCAUACAACCAGUGGUGUCUGAGCCACCAACACCACCGUCCUCCCCCAUGGGCCUACUGCUUUGGCCUUGGUGACACCAGCCAUCCCCAAGUAAAGUACAGCUUCUGAAACGGAGUCUGAAAGAGCACUGGGAUGGGAGCUGGUGACCAGGGCAACAAAGGGGGUGCGAUGUGCUGACAGCACCCAGUGAGCAGGAUGGCAGUUAACUACGGGACUUGGCCCACAAAGUAGGGCGGCAAACACUGCUGGUGCCUCUGGCCACUUAAAAAUCAAAGAAGCACCAACAGACCAUCCAGGGACCCCGGCCUUGAGCGUACUUGGCCCCUUGCUAAUUCCAGUCGUCCUCCCCUCUACUUGGGUCCCCCUGUACCCAGUGGCUGUGCCCCACACCCCUAGUGGUGGCAGUGGGACAGGCAGCCAUGUUAACAAUGCAGAAAGCCCUCAUUUCCAUGCCUAGUCCCACCUUGGUAGUAGUUAGCCCUUCCCAAAACACAGCCUUUGGAGUGUUCAAUGUGAGGUGUCCAGUUGCAAAGAAUAUGCCUUUCCAGGAUGUUCUUCAUGGUGUUCAUUACCUGAGGGCUGGUUUUUACAGCUCCUCCGUGUUAUCCUCAUCCUCUUCCUCUAAUCAAAGGCUAAAACUUCUACCCAACCUGGAGGCUUGGUUUGCUCCCUGUGGAGCAUGCAACGUAGCUAAUGAAGUGGCACCAGGCAGGCAGUCCUGUCUGCAUUUGGAGGAGCAGCCACAAUCACCCUGGCUCCGUUUCUGCCACCGGCUUCCAUGCCUUGGGAGUGGCCUGCAGUCUGCGCUCCCCAGGCUGCCACACUUACGCAGGCUGGUGAUCCUUCGGAGUCUGAAUUUCACAAAGCAUUUUAUCUUUAGUUCCUAAAAUAUAAUCUGAUAAUUAAUGGUUUGUGGAAUCCAUUAUGAAGUGCAAUUAGAUGGAUAUAGGUCCCUGCCGUUUGGAGAGAAUGACUUGCAUUUAUCUUCUUUUCCUGCCAUGCCAAAAGGUUGAAAUCUGCUGGUGCAGUGUUUACACACCAGGCAGGGCUCCUGCCUCAUUGUGUAGCUUGACCCCUGCAGAGGGCAGUGCGCCAUUUGAUCACUCACCCUAAAGCCACACUGGCAGAGAUAAGCCCACCCCUUCUUUCCAAGCAUAUCUCCAUGUACGGAGGCAAGGGGUUCAGUCAUGCUUGGAGCUUUUAUCACUGCCACACACUCAGGUCAUACACUGCUAGAAGAGCACGAAGUAGAACCUCAACACCGACUAGCAUGUUGUCUGGCUGGCCAUCGAGACCGCCUUUGUGUGGGCAGCCUGAUGGUUUCCACGGCGAGUUCCAGCUCCGGGCAGCUUGGGCCUGCUCACCCCAGCCAACUGCUUCUGUCCUGUCCUCCUGCUGAUAUGCAGAUCACUUGAGCUUGACAGUUCAGGGCUCUUCCCAUUCUGCACUAAAUAAAAUUUUUAAAGCAGAGUCGGCCACAGAAGCCAAAAGCUGACCAGAAGAUGGUGCUCAAACCUUUAAGACUUCGCCUCCAUGUGAAGGCCUCACCGUUUCUGCCAAGGCUGUCCCUGUCCUCUUAAGCUUUUUCAGUCCUGCGAGCUGCCAGACCAGGAGAGCUCUUGAUCUGCAAGUGGCAAAAUGGCACUGACUCUGCCUGUGGCACCAGAUAAGACCCCCUGAAAGACAGUGGGGU